AAAAGCAACAGAUUUUUUUUUCCUCCAGUUUUUCUAUAUUUUUGCAUGGAUACUGUUCAUUGGAAAUUCAAGAUACGUGCAACAAUAUUGGAUUUUAUACUUUAUGAAUUUUCUAUGAGAAAGGUUUUGUUUGGAGUCAUUGUUUUUUUGUAACGAAGACAACUUUUUAUAGAGUUUAAUAGCAAAAACAGAAGUCUGCAGUGAGUCAGCUGUACAGUCUUUCAUUAUUUGUCAUGUGAAGACUCCUAAAGCACCACAGCCGAACAACAAAGGCCUCUUCCUUCAUACAUCAGAAAGAGAAUUAUAUUUGUUACUGCCACUGAACUGCCAUGUAUCAUCUCUUGACAGUGUUGCUUAGUGUUACUCUGGAUGCUCUCGGUGUGCACUCAGCACUUAGUGUUGGCGCUGGCCAGGGUCAAUGGCACAAGAACCAAACACAGGCGAUGCCAAUGCUUCUUGCACACAUAAAAAGGCCACCGGUAUCCCAGAAUGCCUCAUCAGGAAAGAGCCAGAGUGUACCAGAAAUGUGCUAUGGGUACUAUGAUGUGAUGGGACAGUACGAUGCCACCUUUAACUGUACCACGGGUACAUAUCGCUAUUGCUGUGGCACUUGCCAUUACCGCUUUUGUUGUGAACAUCGCCAUAAGCGCUUGGACCAGGACAGCUGUAAAAACUAUAACAGUCCGUUCUGGGCACACACAACCCAGCCUAUUACCACCAGUGCUAACAGCAAGCUGAACAAUAACGGGCAUGCAGACCAAACCAAUAGCACCGUAUAUGUCAUCUGUGGUGUCAUUAGUUUCACUCUAGCCGUGGCCAUCGGAGCCAAGAUUGCCUUUAACAAGGCCUCCCGACGCCCACGGGGUAGAGAGAUUAAUGUACCCAGAGCUCUCGUGGACAUUCUUCGCCACCAGUCCGUUGCAGGGAGCCAUGGAGAAAGAAAUAACAGCACAACUGUGACUUCAGGGCAACAUGACAAUGGACCAUCACGUCCACCAAAAAACCUCUACAACCCUGUAAAAUCAGUAAAGAACAACCACGAUAAUAUGCAUCAUAACUACAUCCUCACUGUUAAUAGCCCGAAGCAUUCAGCAACAUUGGAUUACAGAUUGAACAAUAUUCAGCUUCCAGCUUCUUCCAAAAAAUAUAAUACAUUGUCAUUCUCUCGUUCUUUCCAUAACUUGUCUCAUUUGCCACCCUCGUAUGAGUCUGCUAUCAAAUCAGAUAUCAGCAGAUAUUCAUCACUCAAAAGACUGGCUGAGAAGGAUAUGGAUGAAUUUUAUCUAAAGCGAAAACACCUAGCGGAAUUAACACGUGGUACCCUUCCUCAGCAUGUCAUGAAGAUGAACUAUGACCAUGAUGGCUACCUGGAAAAAUCUCAAACGCCAAGACGAGUCAUGUCCCAGGAGCAUAUCCUUUCAGACAAUCACUACCCAGUACACUAUGAUUACACUAUACCCAGAGACCGUCUAAUUUCUCAAGAACGCCUUCUUUCUCGUGAGGUCUUGCACUCACAGGAGCAUCUGCUGUCUCCAGAAAGGAUGCACCAUCGUGGGCCACCGCCAUUCCAUGAAAUGCGUCUUGGACAUCAGAAGGCCCUGUCUCACACCAAUGUCUGUGCGAGCACUCCUAUGCUAGACCGCCACCACAUGAUCAAAAUGAAUUCCCACCCUACUUCUUCCAAUUCCCCCAAGACCCAGUGGGAUAUGGCCAACCACACAGCCAAUCGACGGCAAGCCUUUGCUUCUAAACGUCAGAAUACCAUUGAGCAACUUCAGUUCAUUCCUGGCCAUCUUCCUAGCCAGCACCUACGUACUGGAAGCAAGAACGAAGUCACCGUUUAAGCUGCAUAUUUUACUAUUUGUUUUUUUCCUUAAUCAGAAAAAAGAGGCAGUUGCUUUUUAUUCUGUGGCUUCCUUCAUUUUUUCACAUUGCUAGUUUGAACUUAUCAGCUUAUACAUAUAUAAGUAAAACCAAGAAAAGAUUGCUCCAGUUUUCUAGAGUGAUGAAAAGGGAGUAUUUCUACAUUUUUUUCUUUACCUUAGUUUUACUGUUUUAAUGUAUGCAGCUGCCUCCACUGCCAAGUUGAUGAAACAGUCAAUGGCACCAAAUGAUGUCAAAGAUGAUGGCGUUCACAAGCAAGCAGAAAGCUGUGACUCUGGCACCAGCCUACUCUCCGAGGGAUGUGGAUCAUACAGCACCUUAUGUGGCUGGCAGGUAGAGAUUGGUUAGCCCAAGGGGAAACGGUGUGUUUUCGAAAUGGACAGAGAAAUUUGAUUUCCGGUUGGUUUUUUGCCAGUGAGUGAAAACAUCCCCAAGAACAACUAGCAAUCAGAAUUCAGUCAGGGUAAGGUCAAUAUAUGACACCAACUGAUAAAAGAUAAGAAGUUGCACACUUUUUUUUAACAAUGAUAAUUAUGUAUAGGAUGAACACAGUGAUAUCACUGCGAGGACUAGACUUUAAAGUCCUGAUUUUCCCAAACUUAUAACUUCA